UGUUAAAGAUUCAUUUGGAAACGGGCAUUGUUUUGAGAAAUGUCGUCGAGCCGAGCAAAUAACAAUGAUUAUAAAGCUGGCUAAAAGAUUUCAACUAAAGAUGUUGUAUUCUUAAUUUCAGCUAUGAUCUGAAUAGUGAUUUGGCUCGCCAGGCUCAUACACAGAAGGUGUCUUUGCGUCGCACUGCUUUAGAGAGUUUGUGUCCACCACGAGAUCCUCCCACCUGUAUGCCAGCCUCUGAAAGGUAUCGUACUCAUGAUGGCACUUGCAACAACAAAAAGAGAUUACGCUGGGGAGCAGCUCAAAUGCCUUUUAAUCGUUUUCUGCCGCCAGAGUAUGGAGAUGGUGUGGAUACUACGCGAAAAGCAGUAGAUGGGGGACCAUUGUCUUCCAGCAGAUUUGUAAGUUUGUUAGUGCAUGGUGCCCGCGAUGGAGAAGCGCCUCUGACAUUAAUGUUGGCUCAAUGGGGUCAAUUGGUGGAUCAUGAUUUAACUUCUACUGCACAACCAAGAUCUAUUAAUGGUUCUGUUCCCAGUUGUUGUGGCAGUAAAGAUUUCCAUCCAUCUUGUUUUCCCAUCAAAGUUCCCCUAGAUGAUCCAUGGCUUUCGCCUUUAAAAGUGCGUUGCUUAGAAUUUUUACGCUCGGCUCCAGCCCAGCGUAGAGAUUGUGUUUUGUCAUGGCGUGAACAAACUAAUCAGGCCACCUCCUACAUAGAUGCUUCCCCCAUUUAUUCUAGCAGUGUACGAUCUUCCGAUAACGCACGUGUCUUUCGCAAAGGCUUAUUGAUAUUCGGUCGUGGUAAUCCAGCCGAUGAUGUCUGUCAAAGAGGUGCCAUUGCUACACAUUGCAUUAGAUCUGGUGAUGGUCGUAGUGGUGAACAACCUGGCCUCUUGGCUUUACAUCAUGUCUGGGUCCAUGAACAUAAUCAUAUAGCCACGAAAUUGAGUGAAAUGAAUUUGCACUGGAGUGAUGAGAAAAUUUAUCAGGAAACCAGACGCAUUAUAGGAGCCAUGUUCCAGCAUAUAACCUAUAGGGAAUUUUUGCCCAUAGUUUUGGGAAGGGAAGUAGUUAAAGUAUUUGAUUUGGAACUAUUAAAUAGUGGUUACUAUGAGGGUUAUGAUUAUAAAACCAAUCCUACAGUGGCCAAUGCCUUUGCUGCGGCUGCUUUUCGCUUUGGUCAUUCAUUGGUGCAAAAUUCCUAUAUGCGAUGUGAUCGUUUUCAUAAUGUUAUUAAUAAUAACGUUAGUUUACAUGAGGAGUUCCAGCGUGGAGAUAUUGGUUCUGUGGGUUCUUUACACCGUUUGUUAAGAGGCAUGGCUACUCAGAGAGCCUUAAAAAGAGAUGAAUUUAUAACUCCAGAACUUACUAACCAUCUAUUCCAAACUCCAGGUUUUCCCUUUGGUCUGGAUUUAGCUGCCAUUAAUAUACAACGUGGUCGAGAUCAUGGUAUACCUCCUUAUACCCAUUGGCGUGUACCCUGUGGCCUAACGCCUAUUAAUAAUUGGGAUGAAUUUGCUAAUGUAGUGGGUCCCGAGUCCGCUCGUCGAAUUAGCCAUGCUUAUCACAGUGUUCACGACAUUGAUCUAUUUGUGGGAGGUAUAGCCGAAAGACCUGUCGUAGGCGGUUUAGUAGGACCCACCUUCGCCUGUAUUAUAGCACAACAAUUUAGUAAUUCUCGCAAAGGAGAUAGAUUUUGGUAUGAAAAUGGCGGUUUCGAAAGUUCUUUCACACCAGCCCAGUUGCAUUCGAUACGCCGCGUAUCUUUAGCAUCGGUUUUAUGUCGAGCUGUUGGAGGGGGAACUUUCCAACCGCAUAUUUUCUUACCAGCAGAAUUUCCCGACAAUGUACGUCUACCCUGUGGUGUGCCGCCUUUGGGUGAUUUUGAUAUUAGUCCUUGGCUAGAACAAGAUCCUUUUGCUUCCCUUCAAAUCGCUAACACACAAGUACAGCAAUCGGUACCUGCAUCCUUUAGACCACAAACGACUUUUAAACCACAACCACCACCACCGACCUUUAAACCACAAACACUACCGGACCGAGUAUUUGACAUUAUGCAGUUGGAAACAAAAUCACCGGAUAACAAUGACACUCCUAUAAGUGACAACAAAGUAGGAUUUUCUAAUCGUAAUCCGGUCAAAGACUCUACAAUAAGUCUGCUUAAACAACCCACACCAUUUGUACCAAAUGUCUCAAAUGGUUUUCUAACUGUGAAGAAUUCUUCGAAAGUCAGUGACAAACUGGACUUGAAACGAAAAGGAACAGCGGGACACAUAACUAAACAGAAACCGGUACCGGCUGUUAAUAACAAACUGGACAAGAAUCAUCGUAAGGGUGGAAAUAGACAUGGAGGAAUACAAAAUACUACAAGACGAACGAUUAUAGUUAAUAAUAUUCCCAUAGAACUGAGAAGUGCAGGAAAAGAUACAGCUAAGACUGAAACUAAAAAAACGGAAAGUGAACCAGAAGCAAGGACAGGAAAUGCUAAACUUAGUACCACAACAAACAAGACUAAAGACAACGUGACAAAAACAGAAGUGGAAAGUUUUAAAAUGGAACCAAGGAUAGCUGAUGUAGAUGCAACGUUAACAGAACAAAAGAAGAACCAAAAACCAACUGACAACUUAGAAGUACAAAAUAUGAAUUCAAAAGACAAGGACAUAAAGACAAGCACAAAUGAAGAGACAGGAUCAAAUAAUUCAAAUAUCAAUGACCAGCAACAAAAUAAAACUGACAAAUCAAAAACCGAUAAAGACCAACAUGAACAAAUCGUCUCUUUAAAUCCUAUCGAAACACCCGCCAGCGUAACUGACAAACAGUCCCAAGUAAUCGAAAAAAUUAUUACAAUUACAAAAACUUUACAAAACUCUGAAUUGAAAAAUUUAACAUUAACAGGAGACUUGGUACAUGAUGCAAAUGACUCUGAUAUUGAUCCCAUGGUUCAGGCUAUACCAAUCGAACACAAACGAGUACAACGUAAACUUAUACCCUCUAGCUUAACGGACAAAAUUAAAGACAAAUUGAAACUUACUCCUACCAACCUUGGCGUGACCAACAGAAAUAUAACCACUCUUAAUACCGGCAAUCGAACAUUGACAACAAAACCACCAAAACCCAGUCGAACAACUGUACGACCUCUCGAACUAAGACAAUACCAGAACCGGCCCGCCUACACUAAGACGCCUCAAAAAGUUAUAGUGGAUUCAGUAAAUGGAGACAAUCAAUACGAAAUCGAAAUAAACAUACGACAGACCAAUAAAAGUCCGAAACCUUUACAAAAUACACCCUAUACGGGAGACUAUACAAAUAUCUACAAACCAAGUCAAUUUGACCGUUAUCAGACCACACCCAUUUAUGCAUACUAUCAACCAGCACCGACACAAAUUUCAACUAUAGCUCAAAAUCAACGAACUAAACCACCGACCAUAAUAUUUGUCAACGAACAUGAAGAACGUAUGACCACUAAACAACCGGGCUUUUUACAAAGUAUAGUGGGUUGGAGUUUGGCUACCAAAAGACCUUUACCAACCUCUAUAGGUUUCAACGAAAGACCAUUAUUUGAAAAUAUUAUAUCAAGUCCUCAUAGUACAGCUAUUGUUCAAAAGCCACCUAAUCAGCUUACAUUACCGGCUGUUAGUUCCAGUUUUAGUCAAGCGCAGGUGGGUACAGGAAGCAUAGUACAGGCAUCAAGUGCCUCCGUUAGUAAUGGCAAUUUCGGUACUAUAGCUGGAUUUACCAAUGCCAAUGGAGCAGACAGUACAUUCAGUUUUAACAUAAGACCAAAACCGGACAGAACACAAAACGUUAGACCGACUGGUAAUGGAGGAAACUACGGAUUAACUGUACCACCCCAAUAUCCCUGGUAUGCCCAAAAUCCGGACUAUACAAAUUUACCUUUAGCAGCAGGGGAACAAAUUGUUACACACGAACUGCCAAACAGGGAAAAUAUAAACAGUCCAUUUUCCACCUCCAAUUCACAAACUUACUACAUACGAAAGAAAAAUGGACCAAGACAUAAAGAAGCUUUAACUCUGACACAAACUCAUGAGUUAGCCGACUAUGACUAUGCCGGACGUACACUAGAACAUUUACACAAUAUCACAACGAACAAAGACAGUAUAGACGCGGAAGAAGACUAUGAAUACGAUGAAGAUUACGGAACUUCACCUUUACUGAGAAAAUUCAAUCAAGAUGGUUAUCUAAGACCCGAGCAUAUGAUUGGUACUAUAUUGAAAGUAGACAAUGACAAGACAAUAGUAGACCUGACAAAUCUAACACAUACGAUUUUGAAAGAUCAGACUUUAGACGAUAAUUACGUUUUACCAGUAUUAAACAAUACCCAUGACUUACCCAAAGACUUACCUAAACCUUUGAAUACCAACUUUUCCACAGACUUUCCCGAUGCUCUAGCAAAGCAAUUAAACAAUGACAUUUUAGCCGAAGACAAUGAAGAGGACCACAAGGACAAUACAAAAGACACUGGGACUAAACCACAAGAUAAAGCUAAUGUUUUAAGUGUAGGAAUACAUAAACGAAACAGAAAUCGUAAUAAAACUAAGAACAAUAAGCGUAAUCAAGCUAAGAUAGCUUUUGCUCCCAUUAAUAUCUUAACAAAGCCGGAGAGACCCGAUAAUUGGGUGUUUUUCGAUUCCCCUAAAGAUGAAGAACCUAUGCUACCAAAAAUACCGGAAAUUAAUAUGGAUCCUGUACCCUCUGCAGAGUUACCAAAACCGUUUAAAGAAAAUAUUUGGUUAGACUUGGCUAAAAUUAAACAGAAAGUAGCUUUACAAUUUCAAGGACCUAUAGGACAUCUUUUAACACAAAAAGACGACAACCUGGAAUUGCAAACAGACCAGACAAAUGCAAAGGACAAACCUAUUUCUGAAACUACUAAUACAAAUGCAGAUUCUUUAAAGGACUCAAUUUUAGGAGCAAUUUUGACAGAUGGUAAAAAUAAUGUAACUGAAGCUACAAAAACAGAUCUAAAUAUACAAAACUUUAAAAACAAGACAGAGACAAAAUCGACUGAUUUACUUGAGAAUGCAAAUAAUUAAUUACUAUUGAAAUUUCUUUUUUUCAACAAAUAUUUAAGAAAUUUGGUUAAAAGAUUUUUUAUCAAUUGCAUUUAUAUGAAUAGAAUUUAUUUUAUAUUUAUGAAUUAA